UUCGGUUUCAUUUUUAAUUGAACAGAUGGCGGGAGAACAGCCUGUUAAGAAGGCCAGGAAGCACCAUUGCAGUCGCAACCCAGUACUGGCCCGGGGUAUUGGGAAGUAUUCCCGCUCUGCCAUGUAUGCAAGGAAGGCCCUUUAUAAGCGCAAGUUUAAGGCUCCAAAGACUAAGAUUGAAAAGAGAGUGGUAAAAUCUAAAGUAACUGUAACCAAGACAGUUGGCGGAGAUAAGAAUGGUGGUACCCGUGUAGUGAAAUUGCGUAAGAUGCCCCGUUAUUAUCCCACUGAAGAUGUUCCCCGCAAACUGUUGAGUCAUGGAAAGAAGCCUUUCAGCCAGCACAAACGCAAGCUGCGUUCUUCAAUCACUCCUGGAACAGUGUUGAUUCUUCUCAAUGGACGCCACAGGGGAAAGCGCGUUGUCUUCUUGAAACAACUUCAAACUGGCCUUCUGCUUGUAACAGGGCCCUUGGCUAUAAACAGGAUUCCUCUAAGGAGGGCUCACCAAAAGUUUGUCAUUGCCACCUCUACCAAGAUCGAUAUCUCAAGUGUCAAGAUUCCCAAGCAUCUGACAGACUCCUACUUCAAGAAGAAGAAGCUGCGCAAACCUAAGCAUCAGGAGGGUGAGAUCUUUGACACUGAGAAAGAGAAAUAUGCCGUAACACAACAGCGCAAAGCAGAUCAGAAAUUUGUGGACUCUCAGCUCCUGCCUGUUAUCAAAAAAGAGCCUCAGCUUCGUGGGUACCUGCGUUCUGCAUUCUUCCUCUCAAAUGGAAUGUACCCUCAUAAACUGGUCUUUUAAAAAGUGGGCUCAUUAAAAAAAUUAUCUUGUGGAAAAA